UGCCAUAAAUCAGAGAAGAGUGACACCAAUUUUAUACGCAAAUUGCUCUCUCUCAUAAAACAGUUCAGAAAGAAGGAAGAGAAGUUAAGCAAUAACAAUAUUCCACUCUACCAAGUUAUCUCUAUCUCUCUUGAAACCUUGAAAUCAAGAUCAUCAUGGAAUGGAGGAAGUGCUAUUUGGAUGUGAUAUUGGUGCCUCUGGGGUUUCUUACAAGCAUUGGCUACCAUUUCUGGCUAUGGCAUAAGGUUCGAACUCAGCCACACACAACAAUCAUUGGCAUCAAUGCUAGUGGUCGUAGAAAUUGGGUUAAUGCCAUGAUGAAGGACAAUGAGAAGAAAAACAUCCUGGCCGUACAAUCACUGAGGAACACAAUCAUGGGUGCUACUCUAAUGGCGACAACAUCGAUUCUCCUCUGCUCAGGUCUAGCAGCAGUGAUAAGCAGCACCUACAGUGUGAAAAAGCCACUGAAUGAUGCUGUGUAUGGGGCACAUGGGGAGUUCAUGGUAGCCCUAAAGUAUGUGACUCUCCUCACAAUUUUCCUCUUCUCAUUCUUCUGCCACUCUCUCUCGAUAAGGUUCAUAAACCAAGUGAACAUCCUAAUCAACACCCCUCAGGACCCUAUGUCCCUUGUCACCCCACAGUACAUCAAUGAGAUCCUCGAGAAAGGCUUCAUUCUCAACACUGUUGGUAACAGACUCUUCUAUGCAGGACUCCCUCUCCUGCUCUGGAUCUUUGGCCCUGUCUUGGUCUUCCUCUGCUCCCUCACCAUGGUUCCAGUGCUCUACAAUCUUGACUUUGUCUUCACCACUGGCAAGGGAAAGGUCGAGGCUAACCAAAACAGGGAUUUUGUAUGAAAUUACUGUGUGAUGAUUUCUCAUGUAACAAUAAUGGAGAAUUAGUUAAUUGUAUUAUGUGGGGUGACUCUAUCAGUGAGUGAGAAUUGAAGUAGGUCUUUUCCCUCAAUUUCAUAAUAAAAUAUGUGCAUGUAUGCUUUCCCCACUAGAAUGAGCUUGGCUGAUGAUGGUGAUGAUGUUCCAGUAGUUUCUGUAAGUUAGGUUGCGAACAAAAAGCAUACCUUGUGCAUAGUUUUGAUUUGCUUCGCAUACACUAUGUUGGAUGAAUAAAAUAAAAGGUUGCAGUGCUUUUCUCUA